GAUCAGAUCAGCUGAUGGGAACUGACUCACCUCUUCCCGGACAACAUGUCGACACAUCCAGCCAGAAAGAAGAAGAAAGAGGACUUCAUUCUUUAAUCAUCUCCGCGAGGAACAGAGCGAGCUGCUGGAUCCGGAUUCAGACUCCUGUGUGACUCCAUGCCCUCCUCCUCCUCCUCCUCUUCCUCCUUCUCGCGGUGGUGAAGAGUAACCAGAUUAAAGAUGUCCGCUGUGGUGGGGGGGGUCUCCCCCACCGCCCUCAGGGCUCCUGGGGGGGCUCUGGUUCUCCUGCUCUCCGUCACGCUGCUGUCUGGAUUCAGCCCGCUGUGCAUGGCUCGGGGAGGGAGCUGCUGCAGCAUGGACCCACGUUUUCGGCACAGGCUGCUCAGCCUGAUCAGCUGUUUUGCAGGAGGAGUGUUUUUGGCCACCUGUCUGCUGGAGCAGCUGCCGGACUACCUGCAGAGCAUCGAGGAGGCCUUCAGCAGCGCGGGGGUCACCCUUCAGUUCCCUCUGCCUGAGUUCAUCAUGGCGAUGGGUUUCUUCCUGGUUCUGGUUCUGGAGCAGGUCAUCCUGGCCUUUAAGGACCAGCCUCAGGUGAAGGAGUGUCGCGCUCUGCUGCCGAACUCCAGCGACAACUCCCAGCGCCACGGCGCGCCAGAGGAGUCUGGCGGCAGCCUCUUCCACGCGGACCUGAGCGCGCAGUCGGCCCUGCGCUCCUUCGUCCUGGUCUUCUCGCUGUCGCUGCACUCCGUGUUGGAGGGGCUGGCGGUGGGCCUGCAGGAGAUCUACGUGGCAAGGCAAGUUCUGACUCUGGGGCUGAUGGUCCACAAGAGCAUCAUCUCCUUCAGCCUGGCCUGCACGCUGUCACGGGGCCGGCUGCGGCUCCCCCUGGUGGCCGGCUGCCUGCUGCUGUUUGCCGCCAUGUCGCCGCUGGGCAUCGGCCUGGGCUCGGCGCUCUCGGAGACGAAGGCGCCCCGGCAGCACCGGCUGGCCCGCUGCACGCUGCAGGGUCUGGCGGCGGGAAGCUUCCUCUACAUCACCUUCAUGGAGAUCCUGCCGCACGAGCUGGGUUCCGGAGGGAACCGCAUCCCCAGGGUGGCCUCGCUGCUGGCCGGCUUCGCCUUGGUCACCGCCGUGCUCUUAAUCAAACUGUAAUCAUCGCAGGGAGUUCAGCAGGCUGAUAUACUGCAGCCUGCAGAUGAGACGUUUGGGGAACUUCAGUCAAUUGGAGCGUCCUCUGCUAGUCUGUACAGGUCAGAAUAUUCCGGGGCCAAUAAUUAAGGGAAGUCUUAGUCCCUGGUUUUGCAUAUAUUUUUGGACAGUGUGCUUCAUUUGAUUAAUUCUCCAUAUGUUUUUGAUCAUUUUUGCAUCUUCUUGUUAUGUUUCAUGGGGGUUGUUUUGUCUUUGUAUUUAGGGUGUGUAGUGGUUUCUCAUGAUCUUUUGUUGUUGUCGUUUUCAGGUUUUUGUUAUCAUCGUGUGUUUCUUUGUGGCAGUUAGUCUACUUUUAGUAGUUUAGCACCUCCUUGGGUUUGUUUGUCGCUUUCUGUAGUUGUUUUCUGUCUGUUUUUAACACUUUUUGGUCUACUUUGUGUUUGUUUCUGGGUUUUUGGAUUGCGGUGGUGUCUGCGAUUGUUUUGCAUCUCCCUUCGAGUCAUCAUAACUUGAUUUCUUCUUUUUGUGGUGGUUUUCCGCAUCUAUAGUCGUUGUGUCUUUUUAUAAACCUUUUUUAAUUGUUCUGUGGUUUAGCACCUCCUUGUGGUCAUUUUGUGUUUAUUUUGCAGGUCUUUAUAGUCAUUUUUCUGAAGUUAGUAUGCCACAUGACCCAUCCAUCCAUCCAUCCAUCCAUCUUCUCCCGCUUAUCCGUGGUCGGGUCUCGGGGGUAGCAGUUCCAGCAGAGAGCCCC